AGUGUAACAAACAGCAGAGAAGGAGCGGCACGCCGUGCAGGAUCAACACGCACACACGCGCGCGCGCACACGUACACAACAAAUCGUAAAAUCAUAGACACUGUAGUGUGUGUGUGUCUGUGUGUGUGUGUGUUUUAAAUUAACAUUCUUGUAAGUGACAAAGAACCGAGUUGCGGCAGCGAGAGAAGUCAUCCAUCUGCAACCAGGAGAGUUUGAGGAAACGGCAAACCGAGUCAUCAUGUGAAAGAACUUGUGGGAAACGGACAAAAGGGCUGGAGUACGAGCAGAAUAGGACGGAAAAGGGACGCCCUCCCCACGCUCCACCAACCUGCCAAUCAUCUCUCUGACCUCGCAUCUUUCUAACUGAUAGUGAUGUAGAUGUGUCCGUCUGCUGCUCGUGGAUAAAUGAUCACUAAUCAGCCAAAGAAGAUGAAGGACAAUUUUGGCGUGAGCGGAAUGUCCGUGGAUGAGAAGUCUGAAGCCCCCAUGUAUGUGUAUGAGUCAACAGUUCAUUGUACCAAUAUCCUCCUCUGCCUCAACGACCAGCGGAAGCAGGAUAUCCUGUGUGAUGUGACUGUCCUGGUGGAAGGCAAGGAAUUCCGAGGACAUCGGGCUGUGCUGGCUGCGUGCAGCGAGUAUUUCCUCCAGGCGUUGGUGGGCCAGGCAGAGAAUGGCUUGGUUGUUAGCCUUCCUGAAGAGGUCACUGCCAGAGGAUUCGCCCCAUUGUUGCAGUUUGCCUACACUGCUAAGCUGUUACUCAGCAGAGAAAACAUUCAGGAGGUCAUCCGCUGUGCUGAAUUCCUGCGCAUGCACAACCUCGAGGACUCAUGCUUUCGCUUCCUGGAAGCUCAGCUGCGCAGCGAGGAGGACGGCUUGCUGCUUUGCCACAAGGUGGCAGGAGAAGCAAAUAACUUGGAGGAUGAGAACAUGCAAUCAGAAGCAGAAAGGCCCACCUCCCCCAUGGCCCGAAAUUGUGCAGAUGCCCUUACUUCGUGUCGAGACCCCGACAACGAUCGGCUAACGAUGGCUAUGCCUGGUAACUUCACAGAUAGCCGGCCAGAUUUCGAUCGGCAUGGAGCAUCGGAUCUGCCGCGAUGCCCCAAGUACCGGAAAUACCAGUGGGCUUGCAACAAGCACAAUAAUGACUCCUCCUCACAUACCAGUACCUCAGGUUUUCCAAGCACAUUAAAGGAGACCACCAUUAGUGGGGCAGUGGCAAAUCAGGGCACACUGCCUUUGGCACAGAUCAAAGUGGAACCACAGGCAGAGGAAGAGGCCAUUCCUUUGUGCCUGUCAGGAGAUGAGCAGGACGCCAGGGAUAAGGAUGUCAUAACAGCCAUGGAGAUGGAUAACCCUAUAUCUGUAGAAAGAACCAAGAGACCCAAGUCCCCUUCCUGCCUGCGAGCCUUCUUCAAGAAAGGAGUUGACAUCUCCAGUCUGCCCAACACAUCACAGCAGCUAUUCGCCAAUAGACUUAUCUGCCCCCAGGACAAAGGAAACUCUCAGGGAGAUCAUAAAAAAGACUUAGGCCCUUUCACUGGGGAGGUGGCUCUAUCUGUUGCAUCCCCAAAAGAGGUGGAUGGUUUUCCUGCUAGUUUGUCCCACAAAUCAACUUCCUGCGAUGGGGUUUGCAAACAGGAAGUUGAAAUCGACCGCCGCAGUGUCAUAUUUUCCUCAGGGGCCUGCAAUCGCCUGGGAAACCCAGCGCAUUCCUACCCUGUUGGGAACUCUUUGGAGAUUGAGCUCUCUGAGCACAUGACAAAGGGGCUGUGGGCUGGAGCUAGCCAUUCCCUACCCACCUCCCAGUCCUAUUGUCCCAGCACCGCUUCUUCUGAGCCCCAAGUCCUGUGCCGCCCAAGGCCCAACACCAGCUGCCCAGUGCCAAUAAAAGUAUGCCCACGCUCACCACCGUGUGAGACUCGCACCAGAACUUCCAGCUCCUGCUCCUCAUACUCCUACGCAGAGGAUGGCAGCGGAGGGUCUCCCUGCAGCCUGCCCCAGUUUGAGUUCUCUUCCUCACCAUGCUCUAAUGUGGCUCGCUGUCUCAAUGUGGACCAGCAGGAGCAAAGUGUGGGAGGAGAGGUUGUUUUUAACCAGGUGAGGCCCAAGAUCAAAUGUGAGCAGUCCUAUGGCACCAACUCUAGUGACGAGUCGGGCUCCUUUUCAGAGGGAGACAGCGAGUCCUGCCACGUGCAGGAGCGAGGAUCAGAGGUCAAGCUUCCUUUUCCUGUAGAUCAAAUCACAAAUCUUCCAAGGAAUGACUUCCAAAUGCUGGUGAAAAUGCACAAACUGACUUCAGAGCAACUUGAGUUUAUUCAUGACGUCAGGCGGCGGAGUAAGAAUCGCAUCGCAGCACAGCGUUGUCGCAAGAGGAAGCUCGACUGCAUCCUCAACUUGGAGUGCGAGAUCAGAAAGCUGGUGUGUGAGAAGGAGAAGUUGCUGACUGAGAGGAACCAGCUAAAGGCAUGUAUGGGUGAGUUGUGGGAGAACUUCUCCUGCCUGUCACAGGAGGUGUGCAGGGAUGUUCAGCUCAGCCCCGAGCAGGUCCAGUCGUUACACCACUACUGUCCCAUGCUGCGCCCCGCCAUCUCCACCGCCAGCAACAACACUGCCCACGAGCCCAAGGCCUCCCUCAGCACCAACACCACCACCAGCAUUGACCUUACCACCCACUCGGGCUCAGCCACACCAGAACCAACCUUUCACGGUUCACCCGGGCCCUCGGAGAGCGACCCCGACACGGCUGUCAGAAACGGGGCAGACAAAGAUACAAACGGCCAAGACGCCACCAGCUUGUAUACAAAGUCAGGGCAGCCGGUGGAAAAAUCCAACCAGACGGUAACGGUGGAUUUUUGCCAGGAAAUGACUGACAAAUGUACAACUGACGAGCAGCCGAGGAAGGACUGUACUCAGUAGUGGUCGUUCUCUGUUUUGUUUUCUUUUUCAUUAUUUAAUUUUGCUCUUCUGACAAACCCUCUCUCAGGGUUGUUGAGACAGUCAGCAUCUGCCAGUGUUCAGUGAAAAACAAGCUUUGUUUGUAUUUAUAUCUUUUUUGACGGUCGACACUAAAGUUGUCUUAACAACAGCAAUACUGUUCUCCAGGAAUUCUCCUAUUACCGUGACAGAGUGGAACUUCUCACCAAACCCUUACGAUGGUGCUAUACUUGCCCCGGCAGCAACCUCUACAGUGGAGACAUUGUUCUUCAUGUGUCACACAUCACAACUCAAAGUCAAACCUCAUUGGACCUAAACAGCAGCUCGCUUUGUCUCUCUGCAUACCAGCAGUAUGUCAGUUCCUGCCUUUGUCUUUUCCUCUUCUCUCCUUGCCACUCUGUCUCUCUCAAUCUCUUCUACCUCUUUCUGUCUCACUCUGCAUCUCUCUCUCUCUGUCUGUUUCUUCUUUCACUAUAUCUGAGUGACACUUUUGGUCACAGCAAUUCAAACUCAGGAAGAAAAAAUCCUCUGAAUGUUCAACCUAAUUCAUGAAAAAUGAGAAAACGGCUUCUGUACACGAGGAAGUUGCAAACUGUAAAAUGUUCAUAUGCAAAAAUGUCUUCAAACGUCUCUCAUUUGUAUUGCUGUACAGAAGAAAUUUGUACAGAUUGUAACCGAAAACAUUCCUCCUAUGCCUUCCACGUGGAAUUGAAAGGAGAAAAAAAAGGCUUUUGCAGGCAGUUAAAUGGCUAUUUUUAUUUCCCACUCAUCAGCAAUACCAUUGUAUUUGGAUGUUGUACUGGUGACUUUCAAGUGCUUGUUUGGCAGAAGUGUAUAUAGCAUGAUGACUGUAACAGUGAUUUUGUACAGCUAGACGCCUAGAUGUUUCUUUUUCACCGGGGUUAUAACAAGGGAAAAAUCGUUGCUUUGCUGUUUCCUGUCCUGCCUAACGAACACUCCCCGUCACGGUGAGCGUUCUUAUACUCAGGAGAUCAGCUCGAUACACAUUUAGACACAGUACAUACUGGCACGCACACAUCGACACACACAUUUUGAGCCCCUUGCAUGUAUAAUUGAAGAUGUGUUUUUGAGAGCGUGGCUCAGGCUGGCUCUUCUAAAUCUUCGACACCUCUUUAAAUGUGAAAAAAAAAAUCCUUGUGUUUUCUUUUCGUUUUUUAAGGAAACUAAUUUGUUCCCAGAACUUUAAUAUAUCCUAUUUGUUUAUACACAAUGUUGUCAUUUGAUGAUAGGAGACAGCAAAAAGCCUCUCCGAUUUUUUUUUUUUUUUUUCAAAUUUAUGUCGAUUACGAUAAAAUUAACUAAUGAAAAAAUGAAAAAGCAUACAAACAUAAAUCUCGGAUCACGCACUUUUUCCUGGCCCCCUUACGCCCCAAAUGAGGGUCUUUACUUCAGACUGCUUAAAAGUCAGAGACUGGAGCACUUAAAUUGGCAAAAAAUAUCUAUGAAGAAUAUGAAAAUAUGCCGAAGGAAGCUAAUAUGUCAUGUUACAUUUUUAUUUCUUUAGAAAUUGAAUAAGCUAAUUCAGUUCCUUUGACGUGAAAGCAGUGUGUGUGUUCUUCAGAUGAUUGAGUAGCAAUCAUAUAAGAUAGUAAAGUGUUUAACCUACUUGUGCAUUUGUUUUAAACACCCUACUUUGUAAUGUGCAUGCAUGCUACCUAAUAGCUAUAAACCUAGUUAGUUGGUUUAGCUUUUUUUUUUUUGCUUUGUGCAUUCUCUCUGGAACAUUCUGCUAUAAAAAUGCAUUUUCACAUUUCUAUAUAUAAAGAAUCUGAAAUAUGUCAACCCUUGCUAGAGGCAGCAGUAGCAGAGCUCCACACUCUAGUACAAAGGUUGAAUUCAAAUGUUCGUUGCACUUUAAAGCUCCAAUCCAAAAUUGGCACUCCCUGUUAGCCUAACAGGGCUGAAGUUCAUGUUUUUACUGUAGUUUCUUUCAAAUGUUUCCUACAAAAAAGCUAUGCUUAUGUUAAAACAGAUGAGUAUCUAAUACAGUACUUUGAAAAUGAAAUCCCUUAAAAGCUACAUUUAAUGUUAAGCUCAUUUAUUAGCAUAGUUGAAAAGCUGCUCUGUUGUCACAAGGGGUCACCAUAGCAGGUAGCGCCGCACACAACCUCAAAGAGGAUCCGUGUCUCCGGCCAGCGACCUUUCACGCAAAUGUACAAUCAGUAACAUUAUGGAGACACACAAGCUUAUUUGCAUUUAAAAGCUUACUUGAACAAAAUAUACUCAUUUGAAUUGUUUAUGAGCCACUGAUGAGCUCACGUUUUCAAGUUUUCUCUAUUGUCUAAAAAGUAUUGCCCUAUUUUACCUCUUCCAGGCUAGAUGCAAGCCACUCAGCUGGCUUUGUCAUGGUAAAAGCCUAAUUUCCUCCAUGCAUGUGUGAAAAUGCAGUAGUUACAUAAGAAGUAAAUUAAGUCAUUUUAAAACUUUACUUUAAAGCUUUACAUUUUUAUUAAUAAAACGUGUUUCUGGGUUUUUUUAAGUGUAAUACAAGAUACUAAAGAAAUAGAUUAUAAUUUUACUUAAUAAAAAUGUUUUCCAGGUUUUAAGAAUCUAUAGCUAAUUUGCCAUCCAUAAACAUUUCCUCAACUAUUCAUUAGGUUAUCAAAAAUUAAAUAAAUAUUAGUGUCUAUUUUAUAUGAUAAUUUGAACCUAUUGAAGUGGGCCAGUAGCUUUUGAUAGUGCUGUAAAAGGUAUAUGAAAUGUAUUUUAUCAGGUUAUACAGUGGUGCCCCCUUCCUGAUUUCCUUUUUUUAUAUGUUUGUCACAAUUACAAGUUUCAGAUCGUCAAACAAAUUUAAAUAUUAGACAAAGAUAACACAAGACGAGAUUUUUGUCCAGUUGCUUUCUUCUUAUUGAAUCAUGAACAUGUGAUGGACAUGUUUAAUGUUGUUCUGGGUUCUUCUGUCACCUCCUGGAUGAGUGCUGGGAGGUCACACAUCUGCUCUUGGAGUCAUACUGGUAGGCCGGUCACUCCAGUUAAUCACUGUUCCAUGUUUUCUCUAUUUGUGUAUGAUGGCUUUCACCGUAGUUACAAAGGCUUCAAAAUAGCUUUGUAACCCUUAACAGACUGAUAGACGUCAGUGACUUUGUUUUUCAGCAUGUUCUUUAGAUCAUGACAGUCUUUUAGCCAGCUUCACCUUGUCAAACAGGUCUGUCAGUAAUCAGGCCUGAGUGUGUUUAAUGAAACUGAACACAAAAAAAUGUAGUUAAUCACAUUUUAACCACAUUUUUUGUAAAUGUGUAAAUUUUUGUAAAAUAAUUUAAAUCGUGAUUUAAAUCAUGAGUUAAAUCAUGAUUUAACAAGAGGGGCAAUUAUUUUGGAUAACUUUUCUACCUCUAUCAAUGAAAUCAGAAUUUAAAAACUGCACUUUUUAUUUACUCAGGUUAUCUUUAUCUAAUAUUAACAUUUGUUUGAUGAUCUGAAACAUUUAAGUGUGACAAAUAUGUAAAACGCUAGAAAAGAGAAGGCUUCAACUUGUUUCUAACGAUAUGUUUCAAUUGUUCUCCCCGUGGCUCUGUAUGUUUUCUUGAGGUAUUCUAGAUUCCUCCUCAGUUGGGCAUGAACUGUGAAAGCCCUUAAAGACUGGUGACCUUUUCAGGGUGUACAUCACCACUCACCCUCUGACAGCUAAGAUGGGCUCCAGCCCUGCGGCAACAUGAAUGAGCUAACCAGUUAAGAGAAUGGAUAAAUAUUCCAGUUAUCAACAUAAAAUAAAAACACAGAAAGGGGAAGAGUAAACUGUAAUAGUAUAUAAUUUGACAGCAAGGAAAGUAAAUAAUAUUAAUAAUUGAAUUGACAAAAACAUGUCAUUUAAAUUUGUACAACUAAAGUGAUUUAUUCAUUUUCAUAACCUUUUUUUUAUUAUUAUUAUUUUAGAGGUGACAGGAAAUAGUCAUCUAAUUACACGUGCAGGACAAAUAGAAGUUUAAAACAAAAUAUUGGUUGUUAAAAUUAGGGCCAUUCUCAACAUCUUUUAAGGUAAUGUUGACCCUCCAUUACAAACAAACAGACCCUGAGUAGUAUGAAAUGUUUGUUUAUCAGUCUAAAUAUGUAAUUUUUCAAAAGCAAAAAGUUUAUUUUCAGUAGCUGCAAACUUAACAUUUUGUUUUUUAUGUCAAUAACUAAACAGUGUCUAUGUUAGCUACCUGCUAAUAAUUUAAAUGCUGUCUUCGCCCUGUUUUGGUUGUACAAUCAAGUUUUAAUCAGCAUUCACUUAAUUGCAGAAGUAAUUUUUAAUGUCACUUUAAUUUACUUUAGUGAACAGAAUUUUAGCAUAGCAUGACAUUUGGGGGGUGUUAAUAUACCAAGCAUAGCAAUUAGCCGUACUAGCCUUUUUGCUGAUUUUUUAUUUUGUGAUUGUUUUCUAUCCAAAUGUUUCGAGGAUUGGGGCUUUAAAGUUUGCGUGACAUUUUUUAGAGUUCUCCCCAUGACCUUUACUGAUGUAAAUCCUAGAUGUAGUUUGAAUGAUGACCUUGUUUGUAAGAUAAUUUCUGUUCCACAGCCAGACAGAGAAAGUGUAACUGUAGUUUUAAAACCUGUUUUUAAAUUGUUCAAUCGUCCCUGUUUUGUACAAAGACCCACACAUGCACACAUAUGAUCACACACACGUACACGUAUUGGCACAGAAUGAGUGUGGAGCAAUAGUGACUCCUCUACAACUCAGCUUGUUUCUUGUUUGUUGAACUGUUUAUUUCUAAUUUGUGCUUUUAUUUGCGUGCACAUAUUUACUAAGCAAAGCAGUAUUUUCCCAUGUUAGCAUUCUAUUACAUUCAAACAAGAAAACAAAAGUGAAAUAAUUGACAUAUUGACAUUUUCUACAAACAUUAUGCAACUCCUUUUCUAAUUCUUUUGAUUUGUUUAGAAACUGAGGAAGCCUCUUUAUAUUGCUGUUUGGAUACAAUGAAUUCAAACAGCUGUCUCAUAGGAGACGAAUAAUUCCAAUAUUAUCACAGAAUUUCUCUGUGUUAUUAAUUUAACUUGACAUUCCCAUAGAGGGAAAACGAAUGAUGACACAACACUCCCUGUGCAUGGUCCAAAUUAUGGGCAUCCUCAGCAAAAAUGGUGAGAUAAUUUAAACAUCUUUAUUUAACCUUAAUGCAGCACAGUUUGUACCAUUGCUAUCGCUAACACUGCUGUUUAAAAUGCCACAACAACAAAAAAUGCUGUCUUGCCUCUAGUGGUAUCAACCCACACAGAUGGUUUUGGUUUAAUUUUGUCCAAAUAUUAGUGCAUGUGCUUUUACCUGCACUCAACUAUAAUAGAAACAAAAUUUCAGUCAUUCAUUGCAUGAUAAUAAUGCGGUGGUAAACUCUCAAACACUGACAUGUCAAACCAAAGCUAUCUGUAGAAUUGGGAAUUGUUUUAUUGUUAUUUGGGUGAUCCAUCCCUUUAAUAUCUCAGGGUGCCAAGCAUUUACACCUGCUCUCUGCAUUGUACUGAAGCAGACUUUAUUUUUUUCUUUGUUCGUUUUUACAUGCUUUGUUUGUGCAUCAAACUAAAUUUCCUUCAAGCAGUUUUGAUAUCAUUUAACCUUCAGUGCUAAUUGAAACCCACACCUCCACAAUAUAAAAGCUCACACACACUUACACACACACACACAGCCACUCUCUUUGAUGCUCCAUUGUCCAGCUAGUGGCCAACGGUCUAUUUCAGCCCUCUGUGGCUAAUAGCACACAAUGAAUUAAUCUAUGCAGAACAAAGGCAGAUGCACAGUCGAUCAUUCUCUGCGUGUUCACAAAAAUAUGAAUUAGUGCAGCUUUAAAGUGAUUGAACACAAGUAAAAUGAAUUAUGAAUCUGAUAUUUUGCUAAAUGAACUUUUCCUGUAUAUUUUUUACAGUCAAACAAUGUGUUUAUGGCCAUUACAUCAGUUUUUAAUUAUGUGCACAAUUUUGCUGUUGUUGUAGCUCUUUUUGGUUGUUUUUUAAUUUUGGAUUUGUUUUGUUUUGGGGUUUUUUUGUCAUUGCUUCUCUGAAACAAACACUGGCUUUUUAACUCCAAAGGUUGUUCUAUUGAAGAAUAUGAACAAAAACAUGCCUUUCUCACAGAUUGUUCAACUUUCUUGAAAAAAA